UAAGAGAGGUUUCCGUUUCACUGCCGUUCCCUCCUACUCUCUCUCUUCUAUUGAGGGCUGCUGUCUUAUCCCCAUAGCAAUGGCUUCCACGGCCUCGUUCUCUGCGACCCCGACAGGAGCUCGGCUUCCCUGUUUCCCACGGAGACACAGAGCCUCCUCUAGCAAACCCUGCAGGAAUCCUACUUCAUUCUCGAAUCCCAGUUCUUCUUGUUCCUCCUCCUCUCCUUUCCCUCUCUUCAAUCUCAAAUCCCCUCCGAGCUCAGUUCCCCACCUCCACCCCGUCAGAGACGCCGUCCAUGACAACUACGUCGGAUUCCUUGAGAAGCCGCCCACUGACUUGAGCUUAAUUCGCGGAAUCACUAUUGAAGAACCAACUCAAGAAACAACCCAAGAGCCAAGACCCAGGAUUUUCAUCAAGGACCCACCUUGGAUAUACCCGAUAUUCCUCAAAAAUGUCUACAAGAAGGCCUCUCCUCAGGAACCCAACUUGCUGGAGUUCAAGAAGAUCGACGAGAGGAUCAAAAGGUACAACCUUUUGAGGAGAAGGCAGAUUAAGGCCGAGACCGAGGCUUGGACUAAAAUGGUGGAGGAGUAUAGGGAGCUGGAGCGAGAAAUGAGGGACAAGAGCUUGGCCCCGAAUCUGCCUCACGUGAAGUCUCUAUUUCUCGGCUGGUUCGAGCCGUUGAGAGAGGCUAUUACAGCAGAGCAGAGGACCCAGAGGACAAAGAAGAACAAGGCAGCUUAUGCUCCUCACAUAGAGCUUCUGUCUGCUGAGAAAAUGGCGGUCAUAGUGAUGCAUAAGAUGAUGGGGCUUGUGAUGGUGGGGCAUAACGAUGGGUGCGUGGAGCUUGUUCAGGCUGCUGUUCAGGUCGGGAUGGCAAUUGAGCAGGAGGUGAGAUCGCGAGAGCCUGAUUACUUUGGAUACAUGGUUAUGGUUCAUAGUUUACUGAAGAAGGCAAAGAAUGACCGUAGAAAAAGGGAUGAAGUUGAGACUGAAGAAGAUCUGGACAAAGAGAAAGAGAUUCACCGGAGACAGGUUAAUAGCUUAAUAAGAAGGAAAAGAUAUAAGGAUGUUCAGAAGCUUGUGAAAAAUGAAGAGAUCAAACCUUGGGGUCGAGAUACCCAGGCCAAGCUUGGGACUCGCUUGAUAGAAAUAUUAACUGAAACAGCUUAUGUCCAACCUCCUGUCAAGCAAUCAGUGGACAGUCCACCUGAUGUCCGUCCUGCAUUCACCCACAAAUUAAAAUUGGUUAAAAAGGAUCCAGGGCAAAAGGUUGUGAAGAGGUAUGGUGUCAUAGAGUGUGAUCCUUUAGUUCUUAAAGAACUUGAUAGAAGUGCAAAGCAUAUGCUAGCUCCUUAUAUGCCAAUGUUGGUUCCUCCUAGAAAAUGGAAAGGCUAUGACAAGGGUGGAUAUUUCUUUUUGCCCUCUUACGUCAUGCGUACUCAUGGAUCUCGGAAGCAGCAAGAUGUGCUAAAGACCAUUUCAGAAAACCAAAUGCCAGAUGUGUAUAAGGCACUUGAUACACUUGGAAAUACUAAAUGGAGGGUGAACAGAAGAGUGCUCGCUGUGGUGGAGAGCAUCUGGGCCCAAGGUGGCAAUAUGGCAGGCUUGGUUGAUAGGGAAGAUCAACCCAUGCCUGAGAAGGUGCUGUCAGAAGAUGGAGCAGAUAUUGACAUGUGGAAGUGGGAGGUCAGGAAGGCAAAGAAGGUUAACAGAGAAAGGCACGCGCAGCGAUGCGAUAUUGAACUUAAACUCCUUGUUGCUCGAAAAAUGAAAGAUGAGGAGGGAUUUUACUACCCUCACAAUCUUGACUUUCGAGGCCGUGCAUACCCAAUGCACCCACACUUGAACCACCUGAGCUCUGAUCUCUGCCGAGGAGUUCUCGAGUUUGCAGAGGGACGGCCACUGGGAAAGUCAGGUCUCCGCUGGCUUAAGAUCCACCUAGCAAAUUUGUACUCUGGAGGAGUUGAGAAGCUCUCCCAUGAUGGACGAUUAAGUUUUAUCGAGAAUCAUCUCGACGAAAUCUUCGAUUCUGCAGACAACCCUAUAGAUGGGAAUCGGUGGUGGUUGACUGCUGAAGAUCCUUUCCAGUGCUUGGCAGCUUGCAUUAAUUUAUCAGAAGCAUUAAGAAGCUCUUCACCGUAUUCCGUAAUCUCUCACCUGCCAAUCCAUCAGGACGGUUCCUGCAAUGGCUUACAGCACUAUGCUGCUUUGGGAAGAGAUGCUCUCGAAGCAGCUGCAGUCAACUUAGUAGCAGCUGGGAAACCUGCAGAUGUCUAUUCAGAAAUUGCUCUGAGGGUGCAUGAGAUUAUGGAGAGGGACAGCAAAAGAGAUCCUGCUGCCUAUCCUAAUGCAUCAUUGGCCAAGAUUCUAGUUAAUCAGGUGGAUCGUAAAUUGGUGAAGCAGACAGUGAUGACUUCUGUCUAUGGCGUGACUUUCGUCGGAGCCCGUGAGCAAAUAAAGAGAAGACUUGAGGAGAAGGGUGUCAUUACUGAUGAGAAAAUCCAAUUUGCUGCAGCUUGCUAUGCCGCUAAAGUGACACUAACGGCGCUUGAAGAGAUCUUUGAUGCUGCUAGAGGAAUAAUGGGUUGGCUUGGUGACUGUGCGAAAGUUAUUGCCUCGGAAAAUCAGCCGGUUCGCUGGACUACCCCUCUCGGUCUUCCUGUUGUACAGCCUUAUUAUAGGAAUGAGCGGCAUCUCAUUAGAACCACGCUUCAGAUAUUGGCCUUGCAGCGAGAGGGGGACAAAGUUGAUGUUAGAAGACAGAGAACUGCGUUUCCCCCUAACUUCGUUCACUCGCUUGACGGCACUCACAUGAUGAUGACUGCUGUUGCGUGUGGGGAAGCAGGGUUACAUUUCGCAGGUGUGCAUGACUCCUUUUGGACACAUGCCUGUGAUGUCGAGACGAUGAAUCACAUUCUGCGGGAAAAGUUUGUGGAACUCUAUAACAGGCCUAUUCUCGAAAACUUGCUCGAGAGUUUCGAGACAUCAUAUCCAGCACUGACAUUCCCGCCCUUACCUAAUAGAGGCGACUUCGACUUACAGGAAGUCCUCAAGUCUCCAUACUUCUUCAACUGAUGUAUUGUACAUCAGUUACAGUUCAAAUCUCCUGUACAGCCACAACUGAAACUUGUCAUGGAUACUGGUGACCUAGACCCAAAUCAACCGAAAUUCGUAAGUGCAUCACCAAAACCCAGAGAUUUUGCCUGCGAACAAGUUGCAAGGUGCAGAGGGUUAGGAGCUGGCAUAAGCAUUUUAUUGGACGUCUGUCAACCCCUUUUAAGGUUGAAUAGUCUAGAGUCUCCUGUUGGGACUUGAAGAACCUGAGAUCUUUCUCCACGCUGUUUUACAUGGCAGGAGAAAACGGUUCAGAUAGGACUUCUGCUGCAGAUCUGAGGUAGGGAUAGUUCGUUUCUCGGUGUAUAUUGUCAAGGGACACUCACGGUCCCCUUUUUUCUGUAUGUAUAUCAUGUCUUUUGCAUUGAUUAUAUGGAAACACAGAAUGUGAUAGGUGCUAGUCUGUAGGAGAUAGAAGAAGAGAGCUGCAGGAUAGAUAGUCAAUUAAGAAAGCCUCCAGAUUCACUUGAUGUAAGCUCGAAAAGCAGUUACUUGCUGGGUAUACACUCUUCCUCCCAAGUAUUGAAAUAUUCGAGUUCCCAAA